CGGAUUGCCGUGGCUGCGCCGCUAAUCGCCUUAUUGACCGGUCGCCGGCAUGCGCUCGUCGGACGGGAAUGUUGCCAGUUCGUGCACUCUCGGAGGCACUCGGCUACAUUCCGUCGUAGUCCGCUGCGCGUUGGGGGCGCCACCGAGCGCUUGUUUAGCGUCUAGCGUGCGGCGUUGCCAACUGUAUUGACUUAAGCGCGAACCAAGACAAAACGUACGCGCGUGGUGUUAAACUUACAGCCGGCAGCUUUUUCAUAAAACAAAUUGUAAAUCCGUGUGUAUUUGUGUAUUCGAUCGAUUUACAGCAAGUGAAAAAUGUUACAGCAAACUUAGACAUAUCGAGUCUUUGUGAUGAGAUCCUAGACUGUGCGUCAGUGCAAGUGUUUUAUGUAAAAACAUAUCCGUUUUUAAUGUAUCGUUAAUCGAUUUUGCGUAGAGGAGAAAGGGAUAUGAAUUUAACGAGUGUCGCUCGAGCUAAAAUAUAGAGUGGUCGAAGCGGCAUAAAGAAAACUGGUUAGCCGAAAGCGGCGAUCGUGAUAUGGGGGAACGGGGCGCGACGGGGGGCGCUUGGGGUGCGCGCGACGAUGCCUCGUGGUGGCCGGGCGGCUCGGGCGAGCUGCAACACCAACAGCAAAUAAACGAGGAGAUAGCCCGGAGCACGGCCGCCGCCACCCACCAGCUGUACACCUACAAGAUGACCGGCGGCUUCAACAACAGCGGGGACAACCCGACGCCGAGCUUUGACUACCGCCUCAUGACUGGCUCUAAUGUGAGGCAGGAGUCACCGCAGCAGCCCUGGUGGUAUGCCUCGGGCUCGGUGGAGGCUCAACAAGCCUCCUCAUCGCCUCAGAACCAGUCAAGCCCUGACCCGGAACAGGGAAAUCAACAAGCUAACGGCUUACAACAAAACCAUCAGGCGUUGCAACAGCAGCAACAACAUCAGCAACAACAACAGCAGCAGCAGCAACAACAACAACAGCAGCAGCAGGAGCAACAAAAUCAAGCUAUUCAACAACAGCAAAACCAGCUACAGCAACAGCAACAAACUCUACAACAGGCGCUACAACAACAGACUCAGACGCUGCAGCAAACGUUACAGCGGCAGCAAAAUCAACAGACUCUGCAGCAGAUGCUGCAAGAGCAACAGCAGCAGCAGCAACAACAACAGCAACAGCAGCAGCAACAUCAAAACCUCCACCCGCAGGACCAGCAAAAUGUCCAACAGAGCUUGCAACAGUUGCACGUGAGCCAAGCGCACGUGACCGCGCUUGCGCAGGCGCAGGCGGCGCUGCAGCAGCAGGUCGUUCAGUCCUUCCAGCAGCAACAACAGAACCUGCACGAUCACCUACAGGCAGUGCAGCAACAGCAACAAAUUCAAGCGGCGCUGCAACGACAAUCUGCCUCAUUACAGGAGUUGCAGCAACAGGCGCAGCAGCAGCAGGUGCUGAGCCAGACGAAGACGAGGAUGCCGCGCGCUCGCGCCUACAACAAGCCUCGCGGCAGAAUGACCGCGUACGCGUUCUUCGUCCAGACCUGCAGAGAGGAGCACAAGAAGAAACAUCCAGAUGAGAACGUUAUUUUUGCAGCGUUCUCCAAGAAGUGCGCGGAAAGGUGGAAUACAAUGUCGAAGAAAGAGAAGCAGCGGUUCCACGACAUGGCGGACCAGGACAAGCAGCGCUACGACCUGGAGAUGCAGAGUUACGUGCCACCAAAAGACGUGAAGGUGCGCGGGCGCAAGCGACACCAGCCCAAGGACCCCAACGCACCCAAGCGAUCGCUGUCUGCGUUCUUCUGGUUCUGUAACGAGGAGAGGUCGAAAGUGAAGGCCAAGUAUCCUGACUAUACGAUGGGUGACAUCGCCAAGGAGCUGGGCCGGCGCUGGGCCGCUGCAGACCCCGACACCAAGGGCAAGUACGACGCCCUCUCCGAACAGGACAAGGCUCGCUACGACAGGGAGAUGACAGCUUACAAGAAGACAUUAGAACAGGCGCAAGCGCAACCUGAAGUACACGAAGAAGUUGAAGAGUACGAGGCAGAAGAAGAGUACAAGUGUUAAUGUAGCGCAAGGAAAUGUAAACAAUAAGGCCAAGGACUUGCGGAUUUCCAACGCACGGCGAAAAAAAAAAACAAUUUAAAUUAAAAAAAAACGAA